GGUGAAGGUGAAUGGAAGAAAGCGUGCAGCUCCUUUGGGACUGGAUAAUUUGAGGCAGUGGUGACUGGUCGGGGUUCCCUGCAGUCAUGGGCAGGCCGGAGGGGUCGGCCGGGCCACCUCUGCUGUUAGCUUUGGCGCUCCUGGCUCUCGCUCUCCUCUCCACGGGGGUCUGCAGCCUCCCACAGCCGCUGCCAAGAGUCUUCCUCUCCUUUGAAGACCUGCAGGCCUCCCAGUCCUUUGAACACUACAGUAUAUCAGAGAAGGCCAUGGACUACAGGAUCCUGCAGAUGGACGAGGACCAGGACCGGAUGUAUGUGGGCUGCAAAGACAACGUCCUCUCCAUGGACAUUAACAACAUCACCCUUAGCACACUUAAGGUGUUUUGGCCUGCGUCUACAAGCAAGAUAGAGGAAUGCCAAAUGGCAGGAAAGGAUCCCACGCAUGGCUGUGGGAACUUCAUCCGGGUGGUGCAGCCUUACAACAGGACUCAUCUGUUCAUGUGUGGCAGCGGAGCCUACAGUCCCGUCUGUGUGUACAUCAACCGGGGCCGCAGACCAGAGGAACAAGUAUUUCACAUCGACUCCAGGACCGAAUCUGGAAAAGGGAGGUGCUCCUUCAACCCUCAAGUGAAUACAGUCUCCGUCAUGCUCAACCAGGAGCUGUUCUCAGGCAUGUACAUUGACUUCAUGGGGACAGAUGCUGCCAUCUUCAGGAGCCUGACCAAGAGAAAUGCAGUGCGAACAGAUCAGCACAACUCUAAGUGGCUGAGUGAGCCAAUCUUCAUUGACGCCCACCUGAUACCAGAUGGAACAGACCCCAAUGAUGCCAAGUUGUACUUUUUCUUCCGUGAGAGGCUGACCGACAACAGUGGAAAUACAAAAAAUAUCCACACCAUGGUGGCCAGAGUGUGUCCGAGUGACAUCGGAGGACAGCGGAGCCUGGUGAACAAAUGGACCACCUUCCUUAAGGCCCGGAUGGUUUGUUCAGUCCUGGAGGAGGACGGCACAGAAACUCAUUUUGACGAACUUGAAAGUGUGUUUUUGCUGGAAAUCGAUCAGCCCAAGGGCCUGUUGGUGUUUGGAGUCUUCACAUCCACAAGCUCCGUGUUUAAAGGCUCGGCAGUGUGUGUGUACAGCAUGGCCGACAUCCUCACCGUCUUCAACGGGCCCUUUGCUCACAGAGAGGGGCCCAACUUCCAGUGGGUGGCCUUCCAGGGACGCAUCCCUUACCCAAGGCCUGGAACUUGUCCUGGAGGAGCCUUCACACCUGACAUUCACACAACUAAGGAGUUUCCAGACGACGUGGUGACCUUUGUACGCAACCACCCAGUCAUGUUCAACCCCAUCUACCCAGUGGGACGGAGACCUCUGGUGGUACGGACCAAUGCUGACUACAAAUACACAUCAGUGGCAGUGGACCAGGUCAUGGCUGCUGACGGCAACUACCAAGUGCUAUUCCUGGGCACAGACAAAGGUACAGUACAGAAGGUGAUUGUGCUGCCAAGCAAUCAAUCCCUGCAUGAAGAUCUGAUCCUGGAGGAGCUGGAAGUGUUUAAGAAUCAAGCUCCUGUUACAAACUUGAAAAUAUCCUCAAAAAAGCAACAGCUGUACGUCAGCUCCGAGUUCGGGGUCUCGCAGGUCUCCCUUCACCGCUGUCACGCUUACGGCUCGGCUUGCGCUGACUGCUGCCUCGCCAGAGACCCCUACUGCGCCUGGGACGGGCUUAGCUGCUCACGCUUCUAUCCCACCGGCAAAAGGAGAAGCAGAAGGCAGGACAUUAUGCAUGGGAAUCCACUCACUCAAUGCCGAGGAUUCAAUCUAAAAGCCUACAGAAACGCAGUGGAGAUGACGCAGUACGGCGUGAAAAACAACACCACCUUCCUGGAGUGCCUUCCCAAGUCUCCUCAGGCGUCCAUUCGCUGGCUCAUUCACAGGGACAACGACAGGAGGAAAGAGGUGAAGCUGGGCGACCGCGUCCUCUCCACGGAGCACGGCCUCCUCAUCCGCUCCGUCCAGCUGUCCGACCAGGGCCUCUACUACUGCCUGACCACCGAGAACACCUUCAAGCGCACCGUCGCCAAGAUCCGCCUGCGGGUGCUGAGCGAGGCGAUGGUGAGCGUGCUGACGGACAAGCAGCAGUCGCCGUGGGCCUGGGCCACCUCGUUGCACCCCAAGGCCCUGUUGUCGGCCUUCAGUCCGGCGGAGAGCCUUGCCGUGCAACAGUACUGCAAAGAGAGGAAGCAGCUCCAGAACCUCCAGCAGAAGCAGCAGCAGCAACAGAUCCAGCCGCCUGGACCUCUCAGGGGGGACCUGGCCAAACUGAAGCCCCUGCUGGACCGGAGGAAGAGCCGCAACCGGCGCAAUCACCUACCAGAGGUCUGAGACAGGGAGGUGCAGAAACUGACACUAACAACCUCCCUCUGCUUCCAUACCCAGACCUUUGAUUUUCCAAAUCUCAUCUCAAAGCUGCACUGUGAGGUGGGUGUGGGGAGUUGUUAUUCGGCAAUAUCUCUUUUUGUUUUUUUAUUGCAUGAGGUAGGUACCGUGACCCGAUGGCUGUGACAUCCACUCAUACACACCCACAUGCACCCACGAGCAAUUAAUUUGCCGUCGCAGUCGCAACACAGACUGAGGUGGCCCUGCUGUGAAUGGCAGUAAUACACUGUGGUCUAAGCUGAUAUUGCUUAUGAUAAUACACCUUGAGAUGCAGCCGAGGUCAGUGAUCGUAUCAUAUUUUAGAUAUUAGAGAGGAAACUAGACUGGCCGGAUAUUAGCUCACAAUGCAUUUGUUCUUUGUUCACCAAAAAGAAGCGGUAAUUCGAAAUGAUGAUCGUAAAUGGAGGAGAUUGAAAAGGGACAAAAGGGAGACAGAUGCAUGCUUGAGAGCGAACGCCUUCAAAGUAUAAUGUUAGUAUUUUAUUAGACUCUACUCACAUUUCUCUAUUUACUUUAAACUAACAAAUAUGUCUCUGUUCAGUGGAAUGACUGAAAUGGCUUUGUGGGCACGCAUAGGGUGAUAAAAAGUCGAUUUGUGAGAAAAAAAAACUACUUAUUUUUUUCUCAUGGGUCGACUGACUCAUACUGUCUACAAAAGCACUGUUGAUACAAAGCACAGAUGGCAAGUGGUUCCAAUAAAAAGUGUUACAUUACAGCGCUGUGUAAGUUAAAAAAAUGAGUUAGUUCAAAGGCCAAACUUAACAUCCAGAGCUGAUGUUACACAAACAGAAAUAUUAGUAGAAUACAGAGAAGCACAUGAAAUUCUGCGUGAGCUGCUGCAAACAUUUUAUCUGUAUUUAUUCCUAUUACUCAGACAUUUCAUGAAUCUAGCUCAGUGUAAUUCAGCCGCAUAUUGUAUCAAACUUCUCAUGUUUCUGGCACAGAAGCAUGUUCAUAGAAAUGCAUCAGCUAUGUAGAGGUAUCUAAAUCCUUGCCUGGAUUAAAUUUGAGUAACUGGCAGAUUCGCACAAUUUAGAUUGACAGCAUAGAUUGCAUCUUAAGAUGGAUGCUGAAACGUUACAAUAGGUUUUUUCACAUUGUCGACAGCAAAGUGGACACUUUUAAUUCAGAAAUAGUAAGUAAUUGACUUCUGUGAAUAGACUUUUUUUCAGAGGCGUAGUAAAUGUAGAUAGAGAUUAAUUGUUGCUUGUGUACAUAGUAUAUUUUUUUGUUUCAUCCUUUUAAUUUAAUGUUGUGCAGAUGUUUGUGAAAAUGUGUAUAUAAUUUCAACAUAUUUCACCAGCUAUGACUAUCUGCAAGUUGCAGAGACAUACAGUAUUAUUUUCAUUUUGAGAAACGACUAGUUGUACCUUCUCAACUUAUCUCUGCUCCGCAUUUAAAUAAAGCUGUGAGACCAGCAUCAUGUCAACUCCAACUUAGUGUAAC